UGGCGGUUUUUCUAACCUCAUACUUGACCUUUUAUCAGUUCAGUCUCAGAGAGAGAGGCGAUAAUUAAUAUAUUUUCUUAAAUCUUUGAGCUUUCGUUGAACCCUCUUUUUUAAAGUAAAAUGUGAGCUUUCAUAAGCAGCAGACAGUGAUAAACUGCUCUACUUUAGAUGCUGUGCGUCUCAGCUGCUUCUUAUUGUGGCACCCCUCCCACCUCCAUCCCGUUCCUGCUGUUGCUCCCUCUAUUUACCCUCAUACCCAAUCGAUGCGUGUCGUCAUCAGGGGGGGCCAUCGCCACGACUAGUCUGUUAAGAAUGACAGCUCAAAAGGAAGGGAGAGAGCGAAUGGUGAUCCUUCCCCGAGCUCCCUCUCUGCACUCUGGAGCACUCUCCUCUUGAGGGUCAGACCGGAUUUCAGCCCCUCUUUUACCAGAACCCUCCCUUCAUCCUGCGAGCAAACUCUCCCACCCGCCUCCAGCUCCAGCGCCAUCAUCCCCGCAGCCUCACGCCCCUCCAACCUGACACAGUCGGCGUUUGGACGCGCGCUCUCCCGCAACCAGGAGGCUGUUUUUAACCUGUGAUGGAAACCAGAGAGGAGGCAGCGCGGCUGGCGGAGGGGGGUCCGUUUGGUAAGAAAGACUCAAGCAUGCCAAAAGCUACUGGGAGCCCCGUGCGGGAGCCGCAGGGCUACAGGAGGUGUAUCAGCCCCGGAGAUGUGGCAUUUCCCCGAGACAGGACGGAGCUGGGGGCGGACGAGACCGUGCGGAGGAAUGUGUGCGCCGACGCGAGGCCGGUUGGCCGCGCUGCUUCCGUGGAGAGGCGCCGGUGCGACAAGCCCCGCAGGGACGGCAGCAGCUCAGACACCGAGUCGGACUUCUAUGAAGAAAUAGACGUGAGCUGCACGCCUGAAAGCAUGGACUACCCGACUGCUAAAGGUCAAAUAGAAGAUUCUCCAGGUCGCCGGAGUGACGCAGGAGGUGACCCGGGUAAGACGGUACCGGGUCAAAGCACUCUGUCCUAUGCAGCGGACCAGAUUCGCCGGUACCGAACCGCCUUCACCCGGGAGCAGAUCGCCCGGCUGGAGAAGGAGUUCUAUAGGGAGAACUACGUGUCCAGGCCGAGGAGAUGCGAGCUGGCGGCUGCAUUGAAUCUUCCAGAAACCACCAUCAAAGUGUGGUUUCAAAACCGAAGAAUGAAGGACAAGCGCCAGCGUCUGGCCAUGACUUGGCCUCACCCAGCCGACCCCGCCUUCUACACCUACAUGAUGAGCCACGCCGCGGCCACGGGGAACCUGCCUUACCCCUUCCCAUCUCACAUGCCCCUUCCCUACUACUCCCCCCUAGGUGUUGGCGCCGGCUCCGCUCCCACCGCUGCCCCUUUCUCCAGCCCCCUGCGCACUCUCGACAGCUUCCGAGUCCUGUCUCACCCCUACCAGAGGCCGGAGCUGCUGUGCGCCUUCAGACAUCCUUCCAUGUACACGGGACCGACCCACGGCCUCGGUCCUGGAGGGAGUCCUUGCUCCUGCCUGGCCUGCCACUCCGCUCAGUCCAAUGGCCUGUCAGCCAGGCCCUCUGGCUCGGACUUUGCUUGCUCCCCAACAAGCAGGACAGAAACGUUUGUCACUUUUACUCCUUCAGUGCUCAGCAAAUCCUCACCUGUCACACUGGACCAGAGGGAAGAAGUUCCUCUGACCAGAUAGAGAAAAGAGAACCAUCUGAGCAGUGCGCACAACUAAACUGCUGUAACUGUAAUAUAUGAAUCCAAAUGAAGGACUGUGUGUUGACCGCAUGGACAUUAAAAACAAAACGAUUUCAGGCUUGGGAGGGGGUACAUUAUGGUUUAUUUUACAAUUAAAACCUCCACCAACAUUUCUAUCGUUAUUUAUCUUUUACGCACAAAAUUUUCAGUUCAGGUGCAAGACACCUUCAUAUUUUUUUAAGUAUUUAACAGGCUGCAUGGUCUCAUUAUUCUGCCGCUCCGCACCCCAGAGCCCACAGCGGCGGCCGCGCGGGCCUGAAAUAUGCAAAUUUAAGUCAAAUUAUCCAGAGAUGGAUGUUGAGGGGACCCGGUGAAUUUCUGACUCCUAAAAUAAUGAUAAAACCAUGAAGGGAUCGGUCGCUCUUAUUUAUAAAAAGGUAACAAGGCGUCGGGGGAUCGGAUUAAAGCAGACCGGAUUGACACCAAAUCCUGCAGGAAGACGGGAGAGGAGGACAAUCAGAGCAAAGAUAAUAAAGACGAACAUUUUGAAGAACGACUUUUGAUAUUAUUGUUCUGUUAAAUGCAUUUCAAGCAUGAAUAAAAUGAGUUCAAUUUGAUUAAACGUAAAAAACAAUAAGUUUGUUGCAUCUUGUAAACAAGUUUUUUUAUGUUUUAAAUAAGUUGUAUUCUAAAUUGUUCAUUAAGGUUUUUUAUUUACAAUAAAUUAUGUUUGAGUCAGUGAAGCAAAAGCGUGUUUAUUAUUUUUAUUUUUUUAAAUGUUUUUAAUAAUAUUGAACUAAAUAAAGUUUAGGACAUUUUUUUC